UUAUGCCGUAUUAUCUUCAGCAUACAUUUGGAAAUUGAUUUUAAUGUACUUAAUCUGUAGUCUGUUCCUGUACACUUAAUUAUAUUUGUUUGCAUUCCAGAUGUGCUCUACUAGAGUUAUGGAAUGACGGAACCCCCGCUUUGGACUUACCGGGUCUGUUGGCGUACCGGACCGGCGAGGAACGUCCGGCUACAAUGAGCCCGCCGGACGGCGAGCCUCAGCUGAGGGCUUUAUUACACUCCAUGACGGAAAGGAACCCCAAGGAUAGACGAAGUGCUGAGAUAUACCUGGAUGAGGCUAGGGGCAAAUUAUUCCCCGAAUAUUUCUACUCGUUCCUGCAAUCUUAUAUGUUAAUAUUUUCCGCACAACCCAUUUUACCACCCGACGAAAAGAUCCUCCGAAUAUACCAAGAUAUACGGAAUAUAAUCAAAAUAUUCACGCAGCCUUCAGAUGCGAAAAACUACCAGGACUUAGUGGACGAGACCACAGACAACCAACCUACGGAGACCAUAGACAAUUUUAAAGACGGUUUUAAAGUUUUAAAAGUGAAUGUCACUGAUUUCGAAGAAGACGACGUGAAAGCACCAGAGAGUAAGGAGGAGGGGCCUGACAGCGAAGGCUUGAUAUUGAUCACGUCAUUGGUGACGUCAUGUAUAAGAGGAUUGCAUCAUUGCACGUCCAAGUUGUACAGUUUGGAGAUAUUGCAACUGCUUUGCGAGAAUUCCAGUUCGGAGACGAUUUUGGAUAGAAUUCUACCGUAUAUAAUCCACUUAUCUCACGAUAGCGUAUCGCGUGUACGCGCAGCGGCUGUAUGUACAGCGGCACGUUGCGUAUCUCUGGUUCGUAACUUGCCGCAGUCAGAUUGCAAUGUUUUCCCUGAAUAUAUACUGCCAGAACUGGCGCCGCGUGCUACAGACCCAGCUGUUCCUGUCAGGAUAGCGUAUGCCAACAGUAUAGCAAAAUUAGCUGAAACUGCAGUAAGGUUCUUGGAUCAAACACAAAAUAUGGUAGACAAGGAAUCGGCAAAUAUAAACUAUGAGACUGAAUUAUCAGCACUGCACGAGAUGGUACGGUCGACGGUAUCAUAUUUAUUGACGGACUCUCAGGCGAUUGUCAAACGAGCUUUAGUUGACAACGGAAUCACAAAACUCUGUAUAUUUUUCGGAAAACAGAAAGCGAACGACGUGAUCCUCUCGCAUAUGGUGACGUUUUUGAACGACAAAGAAGAGGCCGGUUUACGCGGAUGUUUCUUUGAACGAGUAGUAGGCGUGGCUGCAUACGUCGGCCAUCACGCUGCGCCAAUCCUGCAACCUCUACUGCAGCAGGGUUUAACAGAUCAAUCGGAGUGGAUUAUAGCGAAGGCGUUACGUGCUACGAGCAGUUUGGCGGAGCUUGGUUUAUUGCCGAAGCAAGUUCUAUGUGAUUUGGUCGCCGAAAGUACCGUGUACUUGGCACACCCAAAUCUAUGGAUAAGGCACGAAGUAUGCGGUCUGGUGUCAUGUGUUGCGAGUCUUCUCAAUCCCAUAGACGUGAACUGCAAGAUUUUACCGCUGGUGUGGCCCCAUCUGAAGCAUAAACUAAUACAGGUAGAAAGAGCGGAGUUGCUUCUAGAAAGUCUCUCGGAUCCGAUACCACGGAAAGUUCUGGAUGCCGUUUUAAGACAUGGCGAUGUCGAUAGACUGGUGCAAACACUGAGAGAACGGCGGAACACAAGGCUAAAGGUGCGUAUACAUUUUACUUUAUUGUUACUAUUUUUAAUUUGUGUAUGUGAGUAGCCUUCCGCCAGUGGCUUUGUCCUCAUAUGGUUUUCCCGUUUCGUAACAGCAAUGAAAAAUCCUAUUAGUCAUCCUUCCUCGGUAAAUAGACUAUUCAACAAAAAAAUAUUUUUCUAAUUCGAACCAGUAGUUCCUGACAGAUCUUCUAAAUAAGAAAUAUAAUAUUACAAAGAAUAAAAUAUUAUCUUUAUUUAUUAAAUAUUUAAUACUCUGUUCCUAGAACAUGAACAUAGAACUCUAUCGUGUCCGUGAAGUACUUCGUUUGUUUGUACGGGACACUGAAUGUCGCUGACCUCACAAUAGGCAGUACUCCGCGCAAACGAUGUAGUGUUUUUGGGAUAGCGAUAUGUAUGGUUUACUUUCAACGCGCACAUAAUACUUUGGUCUGUUAGUAGUAUGUCUCUUCGCCUAUCUUAGGAACAGACUAUAGUUACUAUUCACCUAUAAAAUGAUCAGAAACAUAGAUUUUCAAAAUAGAUAUCGAUUAACACAUUUAUUUAUACUAAAAUCGUGUUUAUUUGAAUGUAUUAACUAUAAAUAUAUAUGUUUUGUAUAGGCAACUGUUAAAUUUAUAUAACUUCUCUGAGUUUGACAGUUAGCAAUAAAUUAUUAGUUUUAAUUUGAAAGUAAAUAUCGUCAGCGUUUACAGCUUCUUCUAUUAAUAUUGGUUAAGGAACAGUGAUGAUAUUUAAAAAUUACUACAAGUAAUAAUUAUAACGUUUUUCAAUUAUGGUUUUUAUUAUAUGUGAUAUUUACUGUUUUGUUAAUAGGUGAAGCAAGGAACUAUGCCACAAUAUUCUGAAAUGGGCCAACAACUCAGAAACCUCUUCAGAAGAUUGGCGUCUGACGGUAUGACAGAACACGUGGAAAACCAACUUCUAGCGAUGAGUGCUCAUCUCAUAAAGAUACAAGGAUCUUCGACACAGCACAUAACAGACGCUCCAGGAAGAUUGGUGAUCACCAACAGCAAUAUAUCGAAGUCUGUACAGCUGGACGUUGGUGUGGAUGCGCUCGCACACAAUGCAUCAGACAAGAUGUACGCAUCCACGCAAAACAGGUAUACCUCUGUAUAAGUUUGUCUUCAUUGGCUACUUGACUGUUUGGCAAAACUAUUUCAAAACUUUCAUAUGAUUACAUUAAACCACUAUAAGGUUUAUAUUUUUUCCAAAAUGUGUUAUUAAAUAAAAGAAAAGCAUAUUUUUAUUCGUUUAUUUAAUUUUUCCCGCGAAAACAAUCACGUGACAUUUCGGACCAUGACGUCACAUUUCUAUAAACACGAGUACUGGUUGAACUCGCAACAAUGACAUUGACGUUCUAUUCAUUAAAAUGUGACGUCACACGAUGUUCCGUCACGGCCGUUUCAAUAUUAUAGAUUAUAAAUGGCAAGUUAAUUUUGCAAAAAAAUAAAAUAUAGUUUAUAAUUUAUUUCAAAACAAAAUACUAUAUAGUUAUUGUUUGUAAAGGAGAAUGGGCAGAAGGCGGCUAAAAUUACGCAAAUUGCGCACUAUGCAUUUAUUCAUCAUAAAUCUUCUCUUUAAUUAUAAUUUAUUCUAUAUAAAUACUAUUUUAAAAUUAUGCGGCGUUUAA